GCAGGGCUGAGCGUUCUCACCUGGAAGAAGGAUGUGGCUUUGAAGCAGUCGAUGUCAGGCUCCAGCAUACGAAUCUCCUUGUUGUCAGUGUUUACCUGAAGACAGGGACCUCGAUCAACACCAGGCCCAACUCGUCCAUCCUCGCUGAGUUAAUCAGCUUGGUCAGGAACUGGAAAGGGGUCUGGAUUAUUGCGGGCGAUUUCAAUACACCUCCGGAGGAGAUCGCGGCCACAAAUGUUUUGGCAGAAAUGAACGGGUGCCUUUGCACGGUGGGGGUGCCCACCACUGACCAAGGCAGAGAAAUCGACUUUGCCAUUGUUCACAAGACCCUGGAACCACUCAGUCUACUGCGGAUUGACUGGUCAGUGCCACACAAGCCCCACGCUUCCCUCGCCCUGAGACUUGAGUUGGGUGAAGGGCUGUGCCCUGCCAUGAUGCUAGAACAGCACAGCAUGCACAUUGAGGUUGCCCAGGCAGUGCAGGGCGAUCAUAACAGCAUGGCCAGUCCGCCAACCGAAGGGAAGCCAUUCCAAGGGGAAUGGCUACAGGAUAAACUCCCACAGGAUGAGGCUACCCAGCACUUUGCCCGAGUGUCGGAGGCGGCGCAGCAGGGAGAGUCUUGCCGGCACAGCUGGCGAACAGUGGUGGAAUGGAUCACCACGCUUCCCCGGGUGGACGGAGCUGAUGACCCUGAGCGGGUCAAGUUCCAAAUGGUUGAGUUUCUCGCCACUGGCUCGGGGGAGGCUCAGCCGCUAAUAGACCAAGUUGAGCGUCUUGCCCGCCAGGCAAAGGACAGUGAAUACUCUGAGGACAAGGCCCAAUACCAAGCGUGGCUGGAAGAAGCGCAGUCAGGGAGUUUGAGGCCCUUAUUUAGGACAGUCAAAAGCCACGAGUUGACCACGGUGCGGCCUUUUGGGCAUGUGGAACCAGGCCUACGCCCGUACCUUCGUUUCCUCCAGUGGCAGGAAAUUUGGGGGGCGACGGACUGCGCCAUCGAGAGGGUCAUGCAGGUGUCGCAGCAGAGGGCAAAGGAGGAAGCAAAGAAGCUCAUGGCCCUGUCGGGACAGGACUACUUUCAAAGGUUCCGAAAGCUUCCCAAUAAAGCCCCAGGGCCUGACGGGUGGACUGUCCAAGUCCUUAGAGCCCUUCCACUGCAUGCUUGCGAGUGGAUAGCUGAAGUAUGCCGCCGUGUCGAGGUGACGGGCGAGGCCCCUGCCCAGUGGACUGUGUCCCUGGUGGUUCUGAUGGCCAAGAAGCCGCAAAUCGAGCGUCCCAUCGCUUUGCUUCAUGUGGUUUACAAGGCCUGGAUCAAAUCGCGGUACUAUUUGGUGGAGCAAUGGUUAGAGAGUUUUGCCGCCAAGGCACCCUGGGACGCCGCCCGUAAGG